CUGCGUGUGUUACCGUUACCGUCGGCGCGGCGCGUUCGUUCAUCCAUCACAUCGCGCAGCUGCAUAGUGUCCAGCGUCUCGCGUCGAUGGCGCGGCAGCGAUGCGGUCCCGCCGCGGGACGGAGCAUUGCGGCGGGCGGAUCGGGGCGCGUCUGGGUUUGCAGCCUUGCGGCACCUCGAUGGGGCGAUUCGCAGCAUCACGCCUCCACGACGGCGCGACACGCGGCUGCCCGAGCCAUGUUCAUGGAAAACCGACGCUGCAAUUGCACCUGUAGCCUCCGUCGCAGCAUUUUUGAUCUUCACGACGCGAGCUUGC